AUGACUCUAUUCACAUCGACAGAUGACCUCGCCCAGCGAUUACAACAGCUCAGCACUGCGGAUAGCCAACGUCGGAAGCCGCGGUUUUCGAAUCGCAAGCUUCGCCAUCUUCAGGGUAUCUCCGUGCGCAAUCUCGUCGUCAAUUACAGUACGCCAUCUCGCCACAAGACCAUAGACGACGACAAUGCUCCCAACGCCCUUCGGUCCCCAGCGAAACAACUGGCGAUGCAUGAACAUGAAUCCCGAUCAUCAAUCCACCAGUCGCGCUCAUUCACGGAUCUUAAGCGCAGUGGCCAGCUUCCCUCCACGAGCGCUGCUGCUACUACUGCCUCCCCUUUCGGACCUACUGGGAGUGACAAUGAAAAGGAGCGGAAUAGAGAUAUUCAGAUACAUCGCAGGAGAAAUACCUUACCCUGGGCGGGUGCCGCCCCAUUCAUUCGACAGCAUCGGUUGGAGAACAUUGCCGGCAACCGGAUGGCGGAUUCCUGGUUCUCGCUGCACUGUGCGGGCAUGGACCAGCCGGUCUACGUGAGCGAGGUGGUGGAGAGGGCGAUGAAUCCGAAUUUUAAAUACUUCGAUCUGAACAUCUGCGGGCCGCUGGUAUCGCGGCUGGAUCAGGUAACGUACAAGCUAUGGGCGAAGACGGGGAAUAUGACGGAGUAUAUCCUGCUGCUAAGCCUGGAGGUGAAUCUGCGCUCGUUGCAAUAUAUCGGGAAAACCUUGGAGAGUUUCCAUCACCCGUUACCGAUGAAUUGCAUUGUGUUCCAUUUUCAGGAUGGUGUUUAUACGAGUUUGAUGGAUAUACCGCCUGUGCAGCAGCUGCCAGCAUCUGUAACUACUACUGCUGCUGGUAGGUUUAGUGAUGAUAGCAACCUGCAAUCUACGUCAUCAUACGACGCGCUCAUGCGCCUUGCCAACCUCGACGAUUGCAUACAAGAUGCCCUUGCGACGCGUGAGAAACUCGAAACUCAAAUCAACAUGGUACUCGAGAAAAGCCACAGCGCCAUCAAUACCCUAAACCGCAAAUCUCAAGCCAUCGAGAAGCUCUCCUCCGUAAAACGCGCCACAACAUCUGCAAGGAAACAACUACGCCAGAGCAAACAACACAAGGAGGAAAUCCAACGGAGCCUAGAAGCGCGACGUGACGCCAUGGCUCGCGGCCGCGCGUCUCAAGAAAAGACAAAAUCCUACCUCUCUGAAGCACAGUCGAGCAUGUCCUCCAGCGAAGACCUGCUACAGAAGACAACAGAGGACUCCAUGGGCCAGAUACGGCGGAUAUGCGAGGACCUGCAGGCUAUAUACCCGAUCGAGCCGAUCCCAGAGAAACCACUGGCGUUCACCAUCUGCAGCCGCGCACUGCCCAACUCGACCUUCGAAGACAUGGAUAAGGAGUGCAUCGCGGCCGCCCUGGGCUACACGGCGCACCUCGUCUACCUGCUCUCCUUCUACCUCUCCGUCCCACUCCCGUACCCCGUCCAACCAUAUCUAUCACACUCGUUCAUUCAAGACCCGAUCUCCGUGGGCCUGCCGCAGCGCACGUUCCCGCUCUACCCUGUCAAUGCGCAUUAUCGGUUUGAGUACGGGGUGUUUUUACUUAAUAAAAAUAUUGAGUAUUUGAUGAAUCGGAUGGGGCUGAGGGUUAUUGAUGUUCGGCAUACGUUGCCGAAUUUGAAGUAUUUGCUGUACGUUUUGACGGCAGGGAAGAGUGAGUUACCUGCCAGGCAAGGGGGUGGGUUUGUGCGUGGGCUCUUGCUAGGGGCUAGGGGAUUGGGGAGGGGAGGGAAUCAUAUUAUUAGGAGCGGGUUUACGAGUCCAAGUAUGUCGCGGAGAGGGAGCGAGGAUAGUGUUGCUUCUGGCGUUGGAGUUGGGGUUGGAGGGUCGGGGAAUAUUAUGGGCAAUGCAUCUGGAUCUGCAUCUGGAGCUGGAGCUAGAGCGAGGAGGAUGUAA